AUGAAAAAUUAUUCUAUUCGUGAGAUCAGAAGUUUAAAAAAUGAACUUUAUCUUCCCAUUCGUAUUAAUCAACUAAAAACGCCUCCUCAACUUCCAACCGAUAUUUUGCAUGAAAUAUUUAAAUAUUUGACACAUUCUAUUGCUUUAAAUUCUACUUUAUUAGUAUGCCAUCAUUGGAGUGAAGUUUGCGUUCCAUUUUUAUGGAGGAACAUUCGGAAUUAUAAAACUUUAAUAAGUUGUCUUCCUAAUGAAUCAAAAGAACUAUUACGUAGAAAUGACAUCAUCAUUCCAACCUCGACUCCAUUUUUUAAUUAUACACAAUUUAUUAAAUUCCUUUCGAUUGAAAAGACCUCUUUGAUUGGACUAGGAUUUGAAUCAAACCAUUUUCAGGAUGUUACUUAUUCCACCUAUCCUGGAACCGUUCGUUGUUUAAAGGAUCUUUCGGAAUUAACCUGCACUUCAGAUGUUUUUUCGGAAUUUUUUUAUCACAUCUUUAAAAUAUGUAAAAAUUUACGUUUGAUUAAAUUGGUGAUAGUUGAAUGUAAUAUUACGAGAAGUUUGAGUGAUCUAUUUUCUGCUAUGAAAGAUUUAAAACACAUCAAGAUAGUCCCAAAUUGUGGGUGGGAUGAUUUUACGGAAUACUUAUGUGAGCUUCCAAACUCUCUCAUCAAGCUGGAAAUUUAUGCGCAAGAAAAUUUCAUGUCAUUAUCAAAGGUUGAAAGAUUAAAAAACUUGGAAGAGAUAACAUUAUGUUUUAAUGAUGUAGAUUCUUUUGAAGGGUUUGAAACAUGUCAUUUUCCAAGAUUAAAAAUCUUUGAACUUCAAAAAGCAUCCCCAGAUGGAGAACGUUUAACUGAAUUCUUGGAGAUUAAUGGAAAUCAACUAGAAGAGCUUUACCUUGGGUCCAGUGAUAGCUUGACAAAUUUGGCUAUCUUUAAAAAUUGUCCAAACCUUAAAUCGCUAUAUACACCAUUUUUGAAUGAAGAAGAUGAAACUUUAAAAAUGAUUUUACUUAACUGUCAGAAAUUGGAGCAUGUUAGAUUUUGUUGUGGUACCGACUAUUUGAGUGAAAGUACAAUAUUGGAUCUCGUCGUGACUCAUGCGCCAGAAAAUUUUUACGGGAUAAGCUUAUAUUAUCCAAAAGGUCAAGAUACAGGUUUACUUUCAUAUGAUCUAAAUAACUUUUUUAUAAAUUGGGCGAUACGUAAACCGUUAAAAUUAAUUGUUUUCAGUUUAGUCAAUGCAAGGAGAGCACUUGCAAACCCGAAAAUUAUAGAUGUGUUUGAAAAAGACGAGUUUGAUGUUAUUAAAAGACUUCAAAUUUUUUAA